AUGAGCUUCGCCACCACCGCGACACGAAAAUCGUCAUCUCGGCCUUCUCGUUCUUGCAAUCUCUGUGGUCGAUCUGGACAUGAAGCCCCAAAUUGCUUUCGGGUUAAACCCUGCCCUCACUGCAACCGCACAGGACACGAUCCCCGCCGCUGCUUCGAGGUCGUCGGAUAUCCCGAAGGCUGGUCCGACAAGUCUCCUGCGGCUUCUUCUAACGGCGCACCUCCGGCGGGGCAAGGGCGAUCGAACAACGCCUCCUCUUCUUCGGCUGGAAAUAACAGAGGGUUGAUUCCCUCAGUUUCAGCUAAAGCCCACGCUACAGGUUUAAUUGAGGCUACCCCUGUUGGGCCUGGUCUUGUUGGCCUGGCAAUAUUGGUUCUCCUAUUCAAUUUGGUACUUAUGAGGAUAAUUCUAUAUCGUCAGCUACAGGUUUGA